AUGUUUAUCCUUACCACCAUCUCCGAUCUGAUUCAGAUCUCACCUGAGGACUUUUCGAAGCUCAGUGCUGUGGCUAUUGAGGAUAAUAUUAAUGAGAAAUAUGCCAACAAAGUAAUUCAAAAAGUCGGUCUAUGCGUUAGCUUUUAUGAUCUUUUGGAGUCUUCAGAUGGCCUGAUUGGUCAUGGAACUGGUCUGGUGAAUGUGAAUGUCAAAUUCCGAGUGAUUGUGUUCCGGCCUUUCAAGGGCGAAAUCGUGAUGGGCAAGAUUUCCAGUGGAACCGAGCACGGUAUUAAGAUUGCCGUCGAGUUCUUUAACGAUAUCUUAAUUCCACCGGAGCUUCUUAUGCCGGGCGCCAGAUUUGAUUAUGUGGAUCAAGUAUGGAUCUGGGAGAACGAAGAAGGCUCAAGCUUCUACUUCGAUGUCGGUGAAGUCGUCCGAUUCCGCGUCGAAGCGGAAGAAUGGCACGAUCAGAUCCCCAAUGCUCCCGAGUUGGCGGACGGUGCUACAUCAGAGCGAAAGUCACCGUAUUCGAUUAUUGGCUCGAUGCAAAUGGCUGGACUGGGUCCCAUUACCUGGUGGUGA